GGAGGGAACAGCAUGUGUGUGCGAGGGAGGGCUUUAAUGCUGAGGGAACACACACAGAGUGAAAGCAGUUUGGUGUGGAUUCCAUCAGCAACAGGAGUUUGCCAAUCGGACGCCAAAGGAGACGACUUCCCCUCCUGCACCGCCUUCACCGGCUGUACUGCCUUCACCUCCUGUACCGCCUGCACCAUGACCCGCCAGUGCAAGCAUGGCAUCUUCAAGGAGUUCCUGGCCGAGUUCCUGGGCACGUUUGUGCUCGUGCUGUUUGGCUGUGGAGCGGUGGCUCAGACGGUUCUAAGCAGGAACACACUGGGAGAGAACCUCACCAUCCACAUCGGCUUUGCCACUGGACUCACGAUGGGCGUGUACGUGUCUGGAGGAGUAUCAGGUGGGCACUUAAACCCAGCGGUGUCCCUGGCGAUGGUUCUCCUGGGGAAGCUGAAGUUCUAUAAGUUCCCUGUGUAUGUUCUGGCCCAGUUCCUGGGAGCCUUUGCUGGAGCUGCAGCCGUCUUCGGCCUCUACUACGAUGCCUUCAUGGAUUUCACCAGUGGGAUCCUGUCAGUGACAGGAAUCAACGCCACUGCACACAUCUUCGCCUCCUACCCAGGAAGACACCUUUCCAUCAUCAACGGAAUCAUCGAUCAGGUGGUUGGGACAGGCAUGCUGGUGUUGUGUAUCCUGGCGAUCACGGACGGGAAGAACAUUGGUGCGCCUCAUGGGGUGGAGCCUCUGUCGGUGGGCUUGGCUCUGCUGGCUAUCAGCGUGUCCAUGGGGCUGAACUGCGGCUACCCCAUCAACCCUGCCCGAGACCUGGGCCCGCGUGUCUUCACCUUCGUCGCCGGCUGGGGCAUGGAGGUGUUCAGCACUGCAAAUUACUGGUGGUGGAUCCCUGUGGCAGGGCCAAUGGGUGGGGGCGUGGCUGGGGCCCUCAUCUACUUCCUGUUUGUCAAAAUGCACCACUCCCAUGCCGAGAAGCCACACGAGGAGCUUGAGGAAGAGGAGGAGGAGGAGGAUGAGGAAGAGGAUGACAACAGCCUGAAGGACAAGGACCAGCUCUUUUCUCAGACUGUCAAUGAGAGGCCAUUUGAAUCAGACUUUGACGGAGUUUUCAGCAAAAAUUAUGACCUUUAUGAUAACCUAGCGGACAAGUGUUAGCCGGGAGUCGUUGAGGUGCUUGUCCGGCAGCGCUGUUGUGCAGUGAGCUGAUAAGACGACAGCACUGGAGCAGAGCACUGAGGGCUAGAUGCUAACGCUAACAUCAGAGGGUGUGGCGUCUGCACAGCGCUGCUCUUCUCACUCGAGUUACACGGCUGAAAUUUGUACUCUUACCAAAGAACACCACGUAACACAAGUCAUGUGUAUUUCCAAUGGCCCCAUUGAAGCCAGUUUGUUCACUUGGCAAAGUGGCAUUUCACAGAAAUCUGCUAUCCGAGCUGACAGCGGGGAGGGGAGGGGAGGGGAGGGACGGCAUGGCAUUUGGGUCAGUUUGCCACUGUGUGUGUAUUUGAUGUGGUGAUAGCAUGAUUAGUAGUCACAGCUACCAGGGGAUUGAUGUCAUUGCCCUGUCUUAAAUGCAAACCUACCUGGAUUGUUUUGUGAUUUCUGUUGACUGUGACAUUAUGACUGUUUCAUAUUCGAGUUGUGUUGUAUUUAUGAUUCAUUACUUGUUGUAUGUAGUUGUACGUUAUUGUACUAAUUUUUCAACCACCAUUUCCAAAAGAAAAACUGCAGUGGUAAAAAUGCUUUUUGAAAGAGGCUUUGUCAAAGAUUGAUGUUAAAACAAAUGUUGUAUAUUUUUCAGGAAUAAACUUUAUUAAAUGGCA